AUGCACGGCGCCAACGCCGAGGCGUCCUCGAGCCGCACCCAGCUCGACACGGUGCGCAGUCGCUCCCGUCCAGGCAAAGCUCGAGCCUCAGUUGGCGCCGCGUCUGCUUCCUUGGCAUCCUUAUCCCCCGUCGCGUCUUCCUUUCCGUCAACCUCGACGCGUAAAGUCCGCACAGUUCCUCCCUCGGCCGUGUUUGAACCUCCAACACCCCCGCCGGUUGACACACAGCCGACAUUUGACACCCACCGCCCGGCCGCCCCGACAAAACAGGAUCGGCCUCGACCACCACGAAGGAAAAAGAUUCGCUACGAGUCAUCGUCAGGCGCCUCGUCCUCGUCGUCUGCCGACGAGAGCGACGACGAUGUGCCGCCAUGGUGGACGUUUACGCAACGAGGCAUGACAAGACUGCGCGCCAUGGGCGACCGUGCAGCUGGCGCAGGGCGUCGCGGAUCCAUAUCGGCCGACCCCGCAGACGGCGCAGUCACUGAACCAGAUUCUGGACGUGAGGGCCCACCCAAAGACAGAGACUGGCGCCGGCGCCGGAGUCGCAUCGACAGGACCGACAAAGAGAAGAAGCGUUCGUCGGGGGGAUCGCCCUCGCGUGGUGGACCUGCGAGCGGCGUCUCCACACCAACAGCACGCAGCGCCACCACGCGUUUGUUCCACCCGCGGCCAUUUCGUGUCGCGCCGUCCGCGUUUGGACGACGUUCCUCUGAGCAGUCGGGCCCACCAGCCUUUCAAGUUGGCGGCGAGGUUGCGCCAGAGAUGGCGCGUUCCAACUCGGCGCCCAUAUCACCAGUCACAGGUUCACCCCCUCGUCACAUCCCAAUCAGUUUGUCUGGAACAGACACGCCGCCACCAGCCGGCGCGCAUAUGUCGUCGCCCGAGACCCGGCGACCAUCCGCCGACAAGUCUGACGCUCCUGACGUUUCGCCCAGGCGGCCCACGAUGCGUCACCUCAUGUCCAUGCCCAUUCGUCGCAGCAGUAUGGAUGGCAACCUGACCGACUCGGAAGUGUUGCCUGCUUCACCUCGUAAAAGGGCACUGCAAAAGCACUUGUGGGACUACAUGAGUCGCGUCCCCGAGGAAGGCCACCACCCACCACACGACCUUUCCGACACGACGGGGACGCCGUCGGGCAAGAAACGCAUGAACGCACAAAACUUGCGUAUCCGUCUGCCCCCACCAAUCACUCAGCACUUUGUCAACGGGUGGCCGCACGCAGGUUCAUGGCAGGAUGCGCUCAGAAAUGGCGGCAUGUUUGAUGACGACCUUGCUCGUCACAGCAGAGAGACUCCCACAAACGGUUUGCCAACAGGGCUUGUUCCUCCGUUGCCAACGACUCAAAGCGACGACGGGCUUGCCGCGCAUUCGCGUUUAUCACGGGACAUCGAUGCCGGUCAAGCGGGUAGCACAGACACGGACGGCACGAACACUGGCGCUGCCACUCCUCGUCAUCCUGUCCGGCCGUCAGCUCACCACCGGACCAGCGCUCCACCUCCGACUCGAUCAUCCUCAGAGGCCCCAUACUACACGCCGAGUGCGCGUUCUUCCAAGCAACACGCAAAGCGGAGGACCAAGAAGAGCAAGCCCGGCCGUUACCGACCCACAGUCCAGAUUCCACCCACCCCGGGACCUCAUGGGUACGGGAGGAGCCUAGAGCUCGGUGCCCACGACUGGGGCCACAACGAAACCGUUCAGCCUGCCGCCGACCCAAACACCAAUCCCUUUGACCGUCUCGAUCACUUUGACCACAUUGACGAAGAGUUGAGUCUGUCGCCUCAGCAGACUCGGUCCGAGAAGGGCAAGGGCAACUGGGGCCUCCUGUCCCGCUUUAGGCGAAAGCGGCCGCGCACGGCCUAUGACGAUCUGACGUGGCGCCAGCGCUUCCGUCGCAUGCUCCUCCUGGAUGCUCGUGUGACUAUCUACAUUCGUCUGUGGAACCUCGCGACCGUGGUUGUCCUGCUUGCUCUUGCCAUCACCAUUCGGCGCAAACUCGAGUCGAUUGGGUACAGCGGAGUGCUCGGCUCGUCCACGACACUUAUCAUCUCGUACGCCUCAUUCACGGUUGUCCACGUCAUGACCGCCAUCUUUCGCGAGUACUUUGGCCGACCGGUCGGCCUGUGGGGUCUUCGUUCCAAAAUGCUCUGGGUGUGCCUCGACUUGUUGUUUGUGGCACUGUGGUCUAGUGCCUUGACGCUGGCCAUCAACGACUACAUCGACACGCCCCUCGAUUGCACCCCGCUGACCCCCUGGUGGACCCCGGGUGUCGACUAUUAUUCGUCUGGAGACAAUGGCUCUGCCGUCGCAGCCGUGACCACGGCCGUCAGCCUUGCGACCGAGGCGACGGUGCCUGCCAGCGUCAAGAACUCGGAAGUCAUCCAUGACGUGUGUCGCCGCCAGGUCGGAUGCUUUUCCAUCGCACUCGUCACACUCCUCCUCUACUGCGGCAACAUGGUACUGAGCCUGUUCCGUAUCUUCGAAACCGUCCGUCGUACCGCUCCGUAUCACCCUCAACACCCGAACGCAGUGUGA